ACCGGCUGGCCUCAAAGCCUGCGCUGGCUGCCCAUCGUGCUGCACUACGCCACCCUCGAGCCCGUCCUCCUGGCCAUUGGCGCCGCAGCAGCGCUGCUCAACCUGGGCCCUGCUGGCACGGGUGCAAGCCUGCUGUUUGGUCCGCUGGGACGUGCGGUGGCCCUCAACCUCUGCUUUCUGCAUGUGGCCAAGCUGGCAACACGGGUUCCGCGGCCAUCGUGGGUGUUUGGCACGGCGCUUCCUGUGCGGCCUGCGGAUCUACCCAUCCCGGUGCAGUCCAAAGACUACGCCCUCCCCUCGGGCCACUCGGGGUUUGUGAGCUGCCUCUGGGCGGUCAUCGCGUCCACAGCCGCCGCUGGCACCAGCUCUACUGGUGCAUGCGGCGCUGAUUCUGCCGUUCUGCCAAGUACGGGCCCAGGUGGCCUACAGGCGCUCGUAGAUGCAUUGUCAGGCACCGCACCGAGGCUCCUGGGGCUGCCAGUCUUCGCGCACGCCACCUUUGCCACAUUCGCGGCAGCGGCCGCACUGUCCCGCGUGUACCUUGCGCUGCACUGGCCGUCUGAUGUUGCGGGCGGCCUGCUCAUCGGCGGCACAGUGGGUGCGCUUAGCCGCAGUUUCUUUGAUCCUCUGUUCCUUGCCCUAUCCCCAAGUGACCAGCUGCGCAUCACGCUGAGUGCAACGGCAGUGUUCAUGGCGCUCUGCUUCACUGUCCUCGGCGUCACGAGUGGUGCUGACCGCACGGCAUUUGAGGUUUGGGGCCGAAUUGCGGGCACCCCAGUCAACCCCCUCAACCCAAAUCUUUGGAGGGUGGCCGCCGGCGUAUUUGGAGGAGUCUGGGCGGCCGCGCCUGCUGCAGUGGCGCUUUCAGGCGCUGCGCCAUGGACUGUUGAGGUUAGCGCCAUUGUCGAGGCGGCCAGCUUGGAGGCGGGCCUGCUCCGCUUGCUCGCAGCGCGCGUGGCAGGCGCUGCCGCUGGUGCUGCGCUUGUCGCAGCUGGGUUUUGCACACUCAUCACACUGCCGGCCUGGGCACUGGACACUGUCAAGCAGCGCUGUUUACCUGCAGGAGAAAAGCCCCUGAUGGAGCGCGCAUGGGCGGUGGCAGUGCUCGCGCAGCUGCUUCCCAUAGUCGGGCUGGCAUCGCUGCUGCAAGUGACGCUGGUAGCAUCAGCUGUGGUCGUCCCAGGCACCACUGCCCUGGUCCUGGGCAGUGUGCGGAUUGUCGACUUCUGCUGGAUGGCCCUUGGCUGA